GUAAGACACUAGCACGUGCCUUCUCUGCGAAACCGUCCCCACCGGUGCAUGUUUUUAUCAUAUUGCAACCGUUUCGAGCCUUCGACCGCCGGCUCGCACUACUGGAGUGCUUUUUAGAGCUAUUUAUUAUGCUUCCUGUUUCUUCUACAGAGGCCAGGCUUGCGCCAGCCUGGGCGCCUAGUAGCGAACACAAACGAACCGCGCGAGGCCAGACGACAUAGCGAUAGAGAUUAUACGUCGCGGCCUCGCUGUUCGAAUCGAGGAGUCUCGACUCGCGCGCGAGCGGCGGGCGCGCCGCGCUUACGCGGCGAACGCGCAGGUCUCGCGCGAUGGCGCGCUUCUAUGCAAUCCUCGCGCUCGCGGCCGCGGCGGCCGCCGAAUCGAAGCAUGGCGGCCAGUUCGACGGCAAGCCGUGCACGGACGCGCAGGUCUCGUGCCCGGACCAUAGCCCCUCCAACGGCGCCUGCUGCGGCGCCGACGGCGGCUACCCGUGCUGCUACCCGGCGCAGGGCGGGUCCAGCAUCGAGUUCAACGGCCGGUCGUGCUUCGCGGCGAACGACGGCGAAACUGGCGGCCCGAAGAUGUGCGGCUCCGCGGACAACUCCGACGCGGCGAAGGGCCUCGUCGUCGACGCCGCCGUCGCGGUCGUCGCGGCCGUCUCUAUUUACGCGGUGGCGCUAUUCUAGGUCCCCGCGGCCUUCAAGACGAAGCCGGCCGCGACAAGCUACCCUCCCCGGGAUCCCCCGCGCGCCACCGUCGUAACGUAAG